UCUUUGAAACCCCUCCUGAAACCUGUCCGGUUAAAAGGCCGACCCCCACUCUAACGUGGAAGCCUCCUCCCCAUCUUCCCCAAUGUUGCUCGCUCCCUCCCCCUACCUCGCCUGCCGCCUCUCCCUCGCCGCCUCCCGCCACCUCUCUUCAUGGCAGCCGCCGCUCCCCUUCACCCGCUCGCCGCCUACCCUCGUCGUCCGCCGGACCCUCCGAGUGAGAUCAAUUGCUACCCCAGCGGAAGCUACAGCAGGUUUUGAUGAGAUGGCUGCAGGGACUGAGCGGAAGUAUUACAUGCUUGGUGGUAAAGGGGGUGUUGGGAAAACGAGCUGUGCUGCAUCCCUGGCUGUUAAGUUUGCGAAUAAUGGUCAUCCUACCCUUGUAGUGUCUACAGACCCUGCACACUCUUUAAGUGAUUCUUUUGCGCAGGAUUUGAGUGGAGGAACACUGGUGCCAGUUGAUGGACCGGAUUCUCCUCUGUUUGCGCUAGAGAUAAAUCCUGAGAAGGCUAGGGAAGAGUUUCGCAGUGCAAGUCAAAGAAGUGGAGGGACUGGGGUUAAAGAUUUUAUGGACAGUAUGGGUCUUGGAAUGCUUGCUGAACAGCUAGGAGAACUAAAACUUGGAGAGUUGCUGGAUACACCUCCUCCUGGACUAGAUGAAGCUAUUGCAAUUUCAAAGGUCAUGCAAUUUGUUGAAGCACAACAGUAUAGCAUGUUUAGCCGUAUAGUAUUUGACACUGCUCCAACAGGCCAUACUCUUCGACUUUUGUCCUUGCCAGACUUCUUGGAUGCUUCCAUAGGCAAGAUCAUGAAGCUAAGACAGAAGUUAGCUUCGGCAGCAUCAGCCAUUAAAUCUGUUUUUGGGCAAGAAGGACCACGACAGGAUGCUACUGACAAACUUGAGCAACUGAGGGAGAGAAUGAUCAAAGUGAGGGAGCUAUUCCGGGAUACCGAAUCAACUGAAUUCAUCAUUGUCACAAUUCCUACAGUCAUGGCAAUUAGUGAGUCAUCGAGACUGUGUUCUUCGUUGAGGAAAGAAAAUGUCCCUGUCAAGAGGCUUAUUGUCAACCAGAUUCUACCACCUUCUGCAUCAGACUGCAAGUUUUGUGCAAUGAAAAGGAAGGAUCAAAUGCGUGCACUUGAAAUGAUCCAAAAUGAUUCCGAACUCAUGAGCCUGAAGCAAAUCCAAGCACCACUAGUUGAUGUAGAGAUCAGGGGUGUUCCUGCCCUAAGAUUCAUGGGCGAGAUUGUCUGGAAGUAGCAUCCAGGUACCGAAAAAUGAGUAGGUUGGAGAUCAUAAUUUUGCUAGUGGUCUUGCUCUGUUUAUUUUUCAUACACCAAUGCCAGCUCUACAAUCAGCACAUUACUGCAUUGGAACUUAGAGGUAAGUUCCAUGGCCUGAAGCAGAUAUACGUCACCUGUUCGCAUCUGAUGAGCUUCAAAUGUAAACAGAGCAAGCUAACCUACGAAACAGAGGAAAGCAGUAUCAGUUGAACCUUAUAUCAUGUAUCAAAUGCUGAUUAUAUAUAUAAGAUUCUUGUUGGAAGGAUUAAUGCCUGUACACAUUCAUGUAUAAUGCUUAAAAAUCUAAUUUUCUUUGUCCAAUUAAGCUGCA